AUGGCUGCCGCGCUUGCCGUGCUUGGCUUGACCGUUUACGUGUCAGUGGCGGCACAGCAAGAUGUGUUCACAUACUUCAAACCGGACUCGAACCGAAGAGCUGAUGACGAGGACUGCAGAAUCUGCUACGGGGAGAACGACUGUCUGAGCAUGAACCAAGCCAGAUGUGAGUUCUAUAUUGUCACCAGUGAAAUGCUGGUGGAUGAUGAAAGCCCUGCAGAGUCCACCAACCCUGAACUGAAGAUCCAGGUGGACUCCUUGAUGAUGGGGAUGGCUGAACAAUCCAAUCUCCUUGCCCCUUCUCAAGACUGUGUGCCGUUUAUUUCCGAAUACACAGACUGCACUAAAGAGAACAUCUGCCUGGGCUGCCACUCCUGCGCCUGCGACGAGGCCGGCCGGUGGAACUGCAGCUCGGUGCGGCGCUGUAGGCCCGAGCAGCCUCUGGAGGUGGACCACCGCGCGCUUGUCAUCGCCGUGGAGACUUUAAGGGGAGAUGGAAACCCUUCAUUUAGGUUGAAAAGAUCCAUAACGAAUACCUCCACGUCCUCAGUUCCCAAACAAAAGAUAACAUUCGAAGAGCUAACAGAAUGGCUGUACGGUGUACAACCGUUAAAAUAUAAAGAAUAUGCUAGAAGCAGUAUCACAACAGAAGCAAGUGUUGUAGACAGGACUACUGAAGGCAAAGUUGAUGUACUAACUACAGUUAGCGAAGAUACCACUACAAGCAAGAACAAUGAAAUUAUAAACAUGGUACCAGAUUACGUAGUAUUUGACGAUGUACUUCACGACGUAGCUAUCGAAGGCAAGAACUACAGCAGAAGAAAACCUUUAAAUACAACUCAUGACGACACUCUAGAACACGAUUAUAUGAAACUUGACGAUUUAAAUAUAACAGUUGAAGAUUUUAGAGAAAUGAGAGGAGUAAACCAAUUCAUAAACAUCCUAAAUGCCAUAGAAGAAGGCAAAGAAACUACCACAACAGAGGCUGUCACCAAAGUUGUGAUAGAUCUGCUUGAGUUAGCCAGGAAAAGAAUAGGGACAACAGGGAACGAUCUAAAUGAGACAGAUAUCAAAAUAAAUCUACUAAACGAUACAGGGUUUGAAAACAAUGAUAGUGUAUAUGAAUUCAAUGCAAUUAAUCUUAUGAAACGAGACAUUCAACAAGUGACAGAAAAUAAUCUUAACGUCACUAUUACUGAGAAAAUUAAUAUCACUAAUAGUAGUAUAGAACUUAAAGAUAACGUUUAUCUCCCCUUAACUUCUAUUAUACAAGAAAAGCAAAAGGAGUUGGAAGACUUGCUACACGUUAGAGAAAAACUGAUUGAAAUUUUGAACCUUGGCCCUAACAGUGAUUACUUAGUUUUAAACAAAAGUGAAAAAGCUGAGAAUGGCAGCAAUUCAUACAUUUCUUUUUAUAAUGUACAGAUAGUGCCUCAAACUGAUAACGUCGCAACAAGAGCCGGAAUCGACCUUUUAGACAACUAUCUAAAGAAACUUAGAAAAGAUAUCUAUGUCGUGAUAAAAGACCUUAUAAGUAUUCAAACAAUAACCGGCAAAGAAGAUUUUCCUAAAGACUUAAAAGUACUGACACAUGCUAUAAAACAUUUUAUGCGUAACCACACGAAAACUCACAAGAAACAUAAGCUUAGAUCUUUAAAUGAUGAUUAUGAUCUAAGAAGACAUAGUAACGCCUACACGUUUAAAAACUUUGCUAAAAACUAUUUGAUAAAUAUAUUACUACUUAUAGAUCGGAAUAUGCCUCAAAGCAAUGCUCUAGCUCCGCUCUCAAUAAAAACAAGAAAGAUAAUAAAGAGAGUGAUAAAAAAUAACAAGCUGAAAGAUUUAUCUGUCUUAGGAUUUAGAGUUCACGAUUCUAAUUACAAUUUAACUAAUGACUUGAAGAACAUUGGUUCCAAAUGGAAGGAGAUGACGAUAAAGAUUUCUAACAGCUCACCUUGGGAUCGGCUACAUCACAUGAAGUUGUUGCAGUUUGUCUUAGAUUCGGACAUCAACAAGAUGAGAGAUGCACUUGCGUUGAUCGACUUUGCUCACAGCAGACGUAUGAUUGCAUUGCCAGACCAACUUAGCGAUCACGAAAUAUUAAGAAUCAACAACGACUUGAAAUCAAUACAUGGCAAAAUCAAUGAAAUUAUUAAAUUGAGAUCGUUUAAUAACAGAGACAAUGGAAUUGUUAAGGUUUUCACAGUCACCAAACAGAACAAAAAAGAAACCUUUUUGAGACACAUAAGGGAUUUACUGAAAAAUUCUAAGAGAGACAUCAUAAAUCUAUUACACAGAAAAGUACCUAAAUCAGAAAUAGUUAAGCAACUUGCAAAGAAAAAACUAAACGAAAUGACAAAGAAGAAACUUAUGGAAUAUGAACGUGUGAUGCAGAAGUGGCAGAAUAAUCUAGAUAUUACUAGAAAAAGAAGAUCAGUGUUUGGUUUAGAGAACUUAGGAACUCGCAUAAAAAAUAUCUUGCCGAAAUACCUGAGAGGCAAGAUUCUUCUCGUCAUUAUUUGA